AUGUACAGCGGUUUCGUCGACGUUACCAGCUUUGAGCAUGAUAAUUUCAAAUGGAUAAGAGGCAAACGUCCUAACUGGAACCCCGGACUAAAGUCUGUACCAACAGAUACUGUUCCGGUUGCCUCGUUGGAUGGCUAUGUCCCUUCUGCACCGGCACCUGAAUCGUGCAGCACGAAGCCCAGGGCAUGCGCAAAUUGCACUUGUGGUCGCGCAGAGCGCGAACGCCUUGAAGCUAGUGCCUUGGAGGGUGAUGUGGAUGCACCUACAUCUUCUUGCGGUAACUGUUACCUGGGUGACGCCUUCCGUUGCGCUAACUGCCCAUAUCGAGGACUCCCCGCUUUCACACCUGGAGAUAAGGUGGUAUUAGAUUAG